UUAGCUGGUCUGCGCUGCCUGGUUUAAAUAGCCAAGCACCUGCUGAGCAAGCCCCGUGAGUGGCUGUGCAGGCUUCCUCACUUAGGCUUGGCAGGGCUGGAGCACAAAGACCGCGAUUGUUACCCAGUAAGCCUGAGUCACAUCCUUCUACCAAUCGCCUUAGGAGGGCUGGUUACCAUGGAAUCCACCAUCUGUUCACUCCCCGCUGCCGGAAUGUGAUUAUCCUUGCUGGGCUGAGAAUGUGGGGUUAGCAAGGGAGCCUGUGUAGUGUGAGAUUAUCUGCAGUGCACUGGGCAUUGGGAGACUCCGGCUGGCUUCACCGGAAGAACAAAUGAGGGCAGUUGUGCUCCAGCCAUUUGUGACUUGUAACCACAAGGAAAUAAAUCAGCUCUCCUAGGGCAUCAAUACCUGUCUGAAGGUCAGUCCACCUACAAGCAACACAACCACAGAGGCUCAGGGAAUAAAUGGGAGGACACCAGCAAAACGCUCAGCUGCAAGUCCAAAGCCACAAGUGCCUCCAAAGCCAUUACACCUGCAGAAUUUACCUUCAUCCCAUACACCCCAAGUCCCCAGGCAUAAAGCUUUACCGAGUGCAAAACCAAGGAUGGAGGAAGCUAAUCCAGCCCCUACGUCCUGUGCCUCAAAAGGGAAGCCUAGUAAGGUGUCAGACCUCAUCAGUCACUUUGAAGGAGGCAGUGUUUUGUCAAGCUACAUCGAUUUGCAAAAAGAUUCUACAGUGAACCUAAAUAUUCCUCAAACUCCAGGACAGCAUGGAUUGACCUCCACACCUCCACGGAAAUUCCUAACCCAGCACUCUCCACAGAAGCAGCAAAAUGAUACAGAUCAGACUCGGGGCCAGCACAGUGGUUUGGCCAAUGGUGUGGUGGCCGCACAAGGCCGGACGGAAUGUGAGGACAGGAACACAACGGUGAGGAGCCCAGAGGCUGCUAUUCCAAGUGCUGAGACCUCUCCUGACACACACUUGGUGAAUGGAGAAGGAAAUGAAACUGCCACAGAUUCUGUAUCAUCCAUAACCAAUAGCCAUGAUGAAGAUGCUUCUGACAGCAGCCGCCGGACUCCGGGUGCUGACUUAGGGCUGCCCUCCAAAGGAGGAGGGUCAGGGAUGGAAGCUGAGCUACCAGAGAAGGAGAAUGGCGUGAACACCAUGGAACUGGAUAAGCUGGACCAGCACCAUGAAAUGAAGGAGACUAAUGAGCAGAAACUUCACAAAAUAGCCAGUGAGCUUUUGCUUACAGAAAGAGCGUACGUCAGCCGGCUCAACCUCUUAGAUCAGGUAUUUUAUUGCAAACUGUUAGAAGAAGCAAACCGAGGCUCAUUUCCUGCAGAGACAGUGAAUAAAAUCUUUUCUAACAUUUCAUCAAUAAAUGCCUUCCACAGUAAAUUCCUGUUGCCGGAGCUGGAGAAGCGAAUGCAAGAAUGGGAAACUACUCCCAGAAUUGGAGAUAUUCUGCAAAAGUUGGCUCCAUUCCUGAAGAUGUACGGAGAGUAUGUAAAAGGCUUUGAUAAUGCGGUGGAGCUGGUUAAGAACAUGACAGAGCGUGUUCCCCAGUUCAAGGCGGUGACGGAGGAGAUUCAGAAGCAGAAGAUCUGUGGAAGCUUAACCCUGCAGCACCACAUGCUGGAGCCUAUUCAGCGGAUCCCUCGCUACGAGAUGCUCCUUAAGGACUACCUGAAGAAGCUGUCCCCUGAGUCCCCAGACUGGAAUGAUGCGAAAAAGUCACUUGAAAUUAUAUCUACAGCAGCAAGCCAUUCUAAUAGUGCAAUAAGGAAAACGGAGAACCUGAAGAAACUCUUAGAGAUUUAUGAGAUGUUGGGAGAAGAAGAAGACAUUGUAAAUCCCUCAAAUGAACUCAUAAAAGAAGGCCAAAUCCUCAAACUAGCAGCUCGGAACACAUCAGCACAAGAGCGCUACCUCUUCUUAUUCAACAAUAUGUUGCUGUAUUGUGUGCCCAGAUUCAGCUUGGUGGGCUCCAAAUUCACAGUUCGAACCAGAGUCGGCAUUGAUGGGAUGAAAGUGGUGGAGACUCACAAUGAAGAAUACCCACACACUUUCCAGGUGUCUGGGAAAGAAAGAACGCUGGAGCUGCAGGCCAGCUCUGAACAAGAUAAAGAAGAAUGGAUCAAGGCCCUUCAAGAGAGUAUCGAUGCUUUUCAUCAAAGGCAUGAAACCUUCAGAAAUGCAAUUGCAAAGGACAAUGACAUCCACCUAGAAGUGUCUACUGCUGAGCUAGGAAAGAGGGCCCCAAGAUGGAUACGUGACAACGAAGUGACAAUGUGUAUGAAGUGCAAAGAGCCCUUCAACGCCCUGACAAGGAGGCGGCAUCACUGCCGGGCAUGUGGACAUGUGGUUUGCUGGAAAUGUUCUGACUACAAAGCCCAGCUUGAGUACGACGGUGGGAGAUUGAACAAAGUCUGUAAAGACUGCUACCAAAUAAUAAGUGGAUUCACAGACAGUGAAGAGAAGAAAAGAAAGGGGAUCCUGGAGAUUGAAUCAGCAGAAGUAUCAGGAAAUAGUGAAGUGUGCAGUUUUCUCCAAUACAUGGAGAAGUCAAAACCUUGGCAGAAAAUAUGGUGUGUGAUCCCCAAGCAAGACCCCCUAGUGCUGUACAUGUAUGGCGCUCCUCAGGACGUCAGAGCGCAGGCCACCAUACCACUCCUGGGCUACAUUGUGGACGACAUGCCAAAGAGUGCAGAUCUGCCACACAGUUUCAAACUGACCCAGUCCAAGUCUGUGCACAGCUUUGCUGCGGACAAUGAGGAACUGAAGCAGAAAUGGCUGAAAGUCAUCCUUCUAGCUGUCACAGGGGAGACACCAGACGGCCCAAGUGAGCAUCUAGACACCUUGAACAACCUCCCAGGACCCAAGAAAAAGUCAGAAUGCUAAACUCCAGCAGCUGCCAGUGUGGAGUCUCAAGUAAGACAGAUAGCUCGAGACGCCCCAACUCUCCGUCCUUGUCUCUUAGCACUUUACAUUGAAAACUCUGGUUUCAUAAAGACAUCUUUUGGGGACUUUUUAAAUGUGUUUGUAUACUCUUAAUAAAAUCAAUGUGCAGGGCCAUUCUUCUGUUGAAGUUCUGAAAUAAUGUGUAAAGUGGAACAUAUUUGAUAAGCUAUUCCUUAACUAUGUACGUUGGCCUUGAGGGGGUGGGGAACCGAUGUCAACUGAUUGUGUCACUACCUGGUGAUAAAUGGGCCUUUCGUUAAGAAACCCUUCAAUGUCUUGUUCACAUGUAGGACUCGUAACAGUGGAAAGGAUAUACCUCCGUGUAACCAAAAUAGUCUAUGAUAAAAAGUACAGGGACAGUGUAGAGUAUCGUGUGAACUUGUCUGGUUUGUAAGUCUCAUGCUACAGAAAUCGUUUCUGUUCUUAUACAACACAAAAAAAUAUAGGUUGCUAAUGUUCCCGCUUUUUGACUUAAGAUAAUACUUGUUUUGUAGAAUUACUCCUAAUAAUAAAAUAUCUAAAAUAGAAAUCAAUUUACUUGUAUAGCGUAUUGAAAAUAAGUAUGAACAUGUGAGCUUUUCUCUUCAGCUUUAGUUCUGUUUUCGCUCUGGCUCAGUUUUUAAGUGUAAAACCUAUAUUAUCUCUGAACUCAGCGCUGUUCUAAACUUAAGAAGAAAAUUUUGGUGAUUUAUGCUGAACUGAUUGGAAUCCAAAUGUACUGAUAUUUUUAUAGUAAAGUAGCAGUAAUUUAUGUGGUGUAGGAUAGAGUCUGAAUUCCAACAGUAUUUUUAGAGUACUAUUUUUUUUUGUUCUGUACCUCUUUAAAACAGUGCCUCUCUUAGAAGGUGCUAUUAAUACUUAUUUAAAUAAAAGAUGGGGGUUUAGUUAAUGUUAACUAAACAUUAUUAUCUUAUCUACUCCGACUAUUCUCAACUUAAGUGCACUUUGGUCACUGAGAUAAAAAAAAAAUGUAUGGAUUAUUUUACUUUUUACAAUAACAUAAUCGUCUUAGUAAUUUAAUGUCAUCAUGUACAAAACCUUUUACUAAAACUUGAACUAUAUAAGACAUGUAACCAUAUACAGACCUGGGAUAUGUGGAAAACAUUAGUGUUUUCCUGUCUAUAAGAAUAUCGUGAGUGGAAAUGGGGACUACAUAGGAUGAACACGUAAGACUGUUGUGGGAGCCUUCCUUUUGUCAGUUACAGAGCACAGCUCAUACGUGUGCCGGCUCACUUGGGAGAAGACAUAGACAGCUAGGAGAGAAAACUCCUGCUGACUCAUGCGCUAGAAAAAAGAGCGAAAAUCAGUGUUGCAGAGUCAACAGUGCAGGUUUCCAGGAGGUGCGAAGCAUUGGAGAAAGUAGGGUUUUUCUCUCUUUUUAUCCCACGUGGACUCUCAGAUGAACUCUGGCUGUCUGUUACAGUCUGCUUUCCAUUAGUCUGUGACUGAAAUCGCACACUGAAUUGCCUAUUUAACUUUUAAUAGUUUUCUCGUAAUAGAGGUUUUCCCUCAGUUUUUCAUACUCUAAACAUUAACUCUUUUACUGUACAGAUUCCUUGGAAUCCACAAGAAUGUCUCCACCACACACAGUCUUUUUAAGGGCUACACUUGAGACCACCACACAUUUAAACAGCCCAGGCUGCAUAAGAAAUGUCUCUUGUUUUUUCCUACUCCAAAGGAGCAAGGGAACCAGUUAGGGUCCCUUCAUCCAUGAAAUACCAUACCUGAUUAUUAACAUCAAAUCAUCUACUCAGAGCCACCAAUAGGAGAAACAAAAAGCCAGCUUCUUAUUCGCUACUAAAUGAGGGCCAAAUAAAAAGAAAUUGUACAUUGUUUCUCUUUUCUGGUUGUCAACAUUGGUGCUGCAUUUGGAUGGGAGAAAAAGAGGCAGGUGUGCAGGGUACCUGUUGGCAAAAUGAAACAAUAACUAGACCUGUGAUUUUACUUUUCAUAUCUCAAGAAAAGAGAAGCAGUGAAAUUGUAGAAU